AUGGACAUGGACAUGGCAAUGCCCUCUGCCACCUCCGCUGACACUUGGAUGCACCACAUGCCGUCCAUGGGACCCCAGGCGUCGAUGCCAGCAAUGGACAUGUCCGGCAUGGCAUCCACCUUCACUACAAGCACAAGAGUGACGCUUUGGUUCACCAAGUGGACGACCACUACAACGGCGGCAUAUGUGCUGACUGUCUUCUUUCUCUUCUUCCUGGGCAUCUUCAACCGCUUCCUUGGUGCCUUGAAGAGCCAGCUGGAGCGCCAAUGGCAGAUGCAGCGUGAGGUGGAAAGUCAUUUACAAGCCAAGGCCAAGGCGUACACGUCCACAAACGAGGGUAUUCGAGGCCACGCGCGACAGUGGAGUCAUCCCUUCCGACAAGCACCGGCCCGAUACAAAGAGCCAGACACGGAAGAGAUGGAACCCUUGAGUCCAGUACAGCUACAAUAUUUAGAGGCCAGCGAAAAGAGCACCGAGCAAGGCGCAAGUGCUACCCACAGAUUAUGGAUGGCUCGAGCGCCUUGGAGCAUCAAAAGAGACGGUAUCAGCGCAGGCCUGGAAUUCACCCGAGCGCUGGUCGGUUACGUGCUCAUGCUUGCCGUGAUGACAUACAAUAUUGGCUUCCUAUUCGCCGUCACCGGCAGCGUGCUUUUAGGCGAGAUGAUAUUCGGACGGUACACACGAGGAUCUGCGGGUCUGGCCGAGGAUGGCUGCCAUGCUUGAAAAGCUGGAUGUUCCAAAAGGUAGACCAUUCUCAC